CGCCGAGCGCCGCGCCGCUGCCCGGCCAGCCGGCCCGCGGCGGCCACGGCGCGCCCGACGAAGACGAGGAGAGGCGCGGGCGAGGCCCCUGCUGCGGAGGAGCCCCGCGGGCCUGCGCGAGCCCGGGACGAGCUGGUCCGAGGGAGAGGCGGCCGACCACGCCAGCGCCCACAGCGGGUUCAGCACCACGUCGACGGUCCGGAGCGAGGCCGCAAGGGCGGCCACGGAGCCGCACGCGCGGCUGUCUCGCCCGGGCUCGCCGGCCUGCCCGUCGGCGCCGCUGCUGUCCCGCACGGCGUCGACGACCUCGCUGGACACGGGACACGCUCGGCUCCGUGGCCGCCUCCGUCGCGUCCGAGUUCCUGGAGCCGGGCGGGCCGGCUGGCUCCUCGCCGAAGCUGCUGAGCAGCCGGCGCCUGCGCGAGCUGCAGCGGGCACACGACGCCUCCGUCAAGGAUUGGAAGGGGUCUCGCCUGAAGACGAUGGUGUCGAGGGUCUCGGCCGCGUCGCGCGCCGCCGCGGCGAUCAGCGGGCGCCCUUCGACGCUUCGUCCUCCGCGUCGCCCGCGGAGGGGCUGCACUGGACCGCCGAGGCGCAGCGGCCGCGGCCGGGCGCCGCCAGCGGCGGCGGAGCCCGCGCGCCGGCGGUGGGCGGAGGCUCCCCCGUGGUGCCCGCCGUGCUCCGGGCCCCCCUCAGCGACCCCCCGCCCCGCGGCUCCGCAGAAGCGCCGCGCGCAGCCGCGGAUGCGCGCGGCAGCGCACGGCAGACCUGGUGCGACCUGCACCUUGGCGCCCGGCAGAGCCCGGGCGCGCUCGGGCGAUGCCAGGAGGUCGCGGACGAGGAGGAGGACGAAGAGGACCGGACUGGGGCCGGCGGCCGCCCGGGCCUGCGCGCGGCGCCGCAAGCCCUCCG